AAAAACUGAGACGGGGGAUCCAUUUUUUUUACAGUGUUAGUACACCUGAAUACACAAAAAAAAAAAAAAGUGUGCAUGAAAAAUACACCAAAUAUGAGUGACUUCUUAAAGGCACGUUGUACUGGCGUGUGACUCGUCAAGGAGGAUAUACAAUAAACUGGGUUUCUUCCACGCUAUUCUAUUUAACAUAAAAUACAUCUACACAUUAAGGAACCGCUAAGGAGAGAGUUAGCGAGCUCGCAGCGCAGACGCAGGCGUAAGAGAGGCGGGGUGUUUUAUUUUAAACGUUUGGAAAUCUCCGUGUUUGUCUGCUGGAACCGGAGAAUUUGGGAUUGUAGCCGGGAGACACAGAGAAGGUGGGGCCAGAGAGCAAGAGCGAGAAACUCACUUAAUGCAUAUAAAUCACUCGGAGCUGACUGUCGUUUUUUUUCCAGGGGAACGAGAAGAAAGACGAUUUUUCAAUUAUUGGGAUUUUGAACAGGCGUUUUGAGAUUUUUUUGACCCCUUCCCCCGAAGAAGGACACCACUGCAAAAUUGUGACCCGUCAAUUGAUUGUAAAAUAUACCGGUUUGGCUGGGUGUGUUUGGGGAUAAUUUCCCCAGCCUUUUUGGACCAUGGCCGACGACGAUGUGCUGUUUGAAGAUGUGUACGAGCUCUGUGAGGUGAUCGGGAAGGGACCAUUCAGUGUUGUGCGGCGAUGUAUGAACAGAGAAACUGGACAGCAGUUUGCUGUGAAGAUCGUGGAUGUGGCCAAGUUUACUUCCAGCCCUGGCCUGAGCACAGAAGAUCUGAAGAGAGAAGCAAGCAUCUGUCACAUGCUGAAGCACCCGCACAUUGUCGAACUGCUGGAGACGUACAGUUCCGAUGGAAUGCUCUACAUGGUCUUCGAAUAUAUGGAUGGUGCAGAUCUGUGCUUUGAAAUUGUAAAGAGAGCAGACGCUGGCUUUGUAUACAGUGAAGCGGUUGCAAGUCACUACAUGCGACAGAUUCUGGAAGCACUGCGCUAUUGCCAUGACAACAAUGUCAUUCACCGGGAUGUGAAGCCUCACUGUGUUUUGCUUGCAUCGAAGGAGAAUUCAGCCCCUGUGAAGCUCGGAGGUUUUGGAGUGGCUAUACAGCUUGGAGAAUCUGGAUUGGUUGCUGGAGUCGGUAAAACCCAGACGGAGACGGACGGCGGCACGGGGGUGACAUCUUGGACCCUGAAUUGUAUUGAAAGCAUGAACCCAAGGCAGUGGAGCCAUAUCUCUGAAAGUGCCAAAGACCUGGUACGCCGCAUGCUGAUGCUGGACCCCGCAGAGAGGAUAACUGUUUACGAGGCACUCAACCACCCCUGGCUCAAGGAGAGGGACCGCUAUGCCUACAAAAUCCACCUCGCUGAGACUGUGGAACAGCUGAGAAAAUUCAAUGCCAGAAGAAAAUUAAAGGGGGCAGUGCUAGCAGCUGUUUCCAGCCACAAGUUUAACUCGUUCUACGGAGACCCUCCUGAGGAGCUGCUUGACUUCUCUGAAGACCCCACAUCCUCAGGACUACUAGCCGCAGAAAGGGCUGUUUCACAGGUGCUUGACAGCUUGGAGGAGAUCCAUGCGUUGACCGACUGCAGUGAGAAAGACCUGGACUUCCUGCACAGCGUCUUCCAGGACCAGCACCUCCACACACUGCUUGAUCUGUAUGACAAGAUCAACACAAAGUCCUCCCCGCAGAUCAGGAAUCCCACAAGUGAUGCCGUACAGAGAGCCAAAGAGGUACUGGAAGAGAUUUCAUGUUACCCAGAGAACACUGAUGCUAAAGAACUGAAGCGGAUCCUCACACAGCCCCAUUUUAUGGCCUUACUACAGACCCAUGACGUUGUGGCCCACGAGGUUUACAGCGACGACGCACUGAGAGUCACGCCUCCGCCCACCUCCCCAUACCUGAACGGAGACUCCCCGGAAAGUGCCAACGGCGACAUGGACAUGGAGAACGUCACUCGCGUGCGCCUGGUCCAGUUCCAGAAGAACACUGACGAGCCCAUGGGCAUCACUCUAAAAAUGAAUGAACUGAACCACUGUAUUGUUGCACGAAUAAUGCAUGGCGGGAUGAUCCACAGGCAAGGCACACUGCAUGUCGAGGACGAAAUCAGAGAAAUAAAUGGAAUCAGUGUAGCCAACCAGACCGUGGAACAGCUUCAAAAGAUGCUUAGGGAGAUGAGAGGGAGCAUCACAUUUAAGAUUGUGCCAAGCUAUCGCAAUCAGUCUGCAUCUUGUGAGAGAGAGUCCCCCUCCACCUCCAGACAGUCCCCAGCUAAUGGGCACACCAGCAUUAACAAUUCCGUUUUGGACAUUCCAUUAACUACCCAACCAAAAGGACGACAGAUAUAUGUAAGAGCACAAUUUGAGUACGAUCCAGCAAAGGAUGAUCUUAUCCCUUGCAAGGAAGCAGGCAUCAAGUUCCUGGUGGGUGACAUCAUCCAGAUUAUCAGUAAGGAUGAUCACAACUGGUGGCAGGGCAAACUGGAAAAUGCUAAGAACGGGACAGCAGGCCUCAUCCCGUCUCCAGAACUUCAAGAAUGGCGUGUAGCCUGUAUAGCAAUGGAGAAAACCAAGCAGGAGCAACAAGCCAGCUGUACCUGGUUUGGCAAGAAGAAGAAGCAGUACAAAGACAAAUACCUAGCAAAGCACAACGCAGUCUUUGACCAACUAGAUCUCGUCACUUAUGAAGAAGUAGUGAAACUGCCGGCAUUCAAAAGGAAAACAUUAGUCUUAUUGGGUGCUCAUGGAGUUGGUAGAAGACACAUCAAGAACACACUCAUCACGAAACAUCCUGACAGAUUUGCAUACCCCAUUCCACACACAACCAGACCUUCAAAGAAAGAUGAAGAAAACGGCAAGAACUACUACUUUGUAACACAUGACCAAAUGAUGCAGGACAUCUCAAACAACGAUUACCUGGAGUACGGCAGCCACGAGGACGCCAUGUACGGGACAAGACUGGAAACAAUACGCAAGAUCCACGAGCAGGGACUGAUAGCAAUACUAGAUGUAGAACCACAGGCUCUGAAAGUCCUGAGAACGGCUGAGUUUGCUCCCUACGUUGUCUUCAUUGCUGCACCUACCGUCACCCCUGGCAUCAAUGAGGAUGAAUCCCUUCAGAGGCUGCAGAAGGAAUCAGAAAUUUUACAGAAAACAUACGCGCACUACUUCGACCUGACGAUCAUCAACAACGAGAUUGAUGAGACCAUCAGACACCUGGAGGAAGCGAUCGACGUUGUGUGCACUACCCCACAGUGGGUGCCUGUCUCCUGGGUCUAUUAGACCCUCCUGGUAAUGCUUCUUAGCGGAACUUCAUCAUUCCCUGAAACAACACCUCAAACAGUGAGAAACCUCGUUGUAAAUGACCUUAAAUCAAUAGGUCUCGGCCCCUACAGACUACCUAGACGUAGUGUUCAUAACAUUUUGUAAUCUUGUCAUGUUCUUAUAGAUAGGAGGCAACAUUUUAUAGAGAAUUUUUAAAGAGACAGUAUCAUGUUACUCACAGGUACAGAUUUUAAAUGUAAAAAUGAAUAAUAACAAAGCAUAUUCUGUUUGUCAUAAAUAUAUGCGCAUUCCAUAACACAGUAUCUGUCAUUGGUUAUACAGUUCUUAAAUUGGAAGAGAUUUCAAUUUUUAACAUAAGCAUAACCUGCACACUGAACGCUGCCUUGUAUGAUAUCCCAUCUCCUAGUGUAGACAAAUGUUAAGUAGGUAAACACUACAGUGUUAUUUCAUGAUUUAAAAACUUCAUUUAUGCACUUAGAUCUUUUGUUUGAAUCAGGCAAGUGAACGGAGUGUGUAUGUAUAUUAAAAUGCAUUCAUUUGGCUGUUUUUUUUUUAAAGCUGUUAAUUUUUUACCUUUCUCCUUGUCUGAAAUGCAGCCUCACAGCAAUACUGUCUCUUUAAAGAGGUACAUAAAUGUUUUAGAGAUUUGAAUGAGGUCUUAUGCAUGUGGACAGUCGCAAGCUUUCAUGCUGUUGGUGUUAUCAGUGUCAAACUACUGUAAUCUACAGCAGAGUACAUUCCAUUAGUUUGGAAAAAAACAAAACACCCAAGGGAAUUAAAUAUUUAUGGGAAAAAAAUGUAAACCUAUGCACAUCCCUUGCAUUUUGGGCAACUUUAUAAACAACUGAUUUUUAUUGAUCAUGUAGUGGAGAUGUGUUUGUAAAUUGUCUCGAUUUUAAUUUGUUGUAAGAAAAA